AUGUGGUCUGAGGUCGAUGGAGGAAGGGGUGCUAACCAGAUAGCUUCUUGUGUUGCUAAACAUCUGUACUCAAUUGGAUUGCCUACCAAACAUGUAACACUUUACUCAGAUACCUGUGGGGGGCAAAAUAAAAAUUCCCACAUGGUUGCUAUGUUUAUGUCAGUUAUAAGAUAUCAUAAUAUACUAGAAGUUAUAGAUCAUAAGUUUCUAUUAGCAGGUCACACUCAUAUGGAAUGUGAUUCUGACCAUGCACUAAUUGAAAAAAAAAAAAAAACAAGUAAGACCAUAAUAUACCAUCCACACGAUUGGAUGCAACUAGUCAGACAGACAGGAAAAAAAAAUCCAUUCAUUGUAACCCCCAUGAUGCAUAGUGAUUUUCUUAACUACUCAGAAUUGCUUAAAAAUCAACUACAGAUGAAAAAAAAAAAUAGUAAUGGUGAAAAAUUUGUAUGGAAAAAUGUAAAAUGGUUAAGAUUUAAAAAAACUGAACUAGGAAUUUUAUACUAUAAGGAAACAUUAGAUAUAGAUGCACCAUUCAAAUCACUAUCACUCUGCUCAAAAGGAAGAAGCCAUUAUCAACUUACACCACCAUUGUGUUAUAAUAGACCUGUUCCGAUUGCAGAGAAGAAGAAAAAAGAUCUUUUGGACUUACUUCCAAUGAUACCAAAUGUUUUUCAUGACUUUUACAAAAAUUUACCAACUGAUGCUACACUAAAAGAAACAUACCCAAACAAUGAGACUGAUACAGAGGAAGAAAACUCUUAA